GCAUGUUAUGACUAAUCAUGGGAAUCGUAGGUGGCCGUGCAUUUGCAUCUAAAGGUAAAGCGGUAGCGUUAUUGUUUUGUUUACCUGCGCGUCGUGCCCCGCGCACUCCAUAACAACCAUCCGCUAUUGGAAAUAUCAUAGAGAUAACCUCAAAAUGCUCACCUGAAAAGGUACAAACUUUAUUGUUUCGUUUACGGUCUGUGAGCGGAGGCGUGCGUGUAAUUUUAAACAAAUUUAAAGUUUGUUUCAAGCGUCUGAUACCAAUCGUAUUAUUUAAUUUUAGCGUUUUUGUGAUGUUUAAAUUAGUUUGAAAAGUGGAUUUCGUGAUUUUAUUUUCGUUUGUUAAGUGAAAAUGUGACAUAAUGUGUGAUAUUAAAAAGAAAACGGAUUGCGAUGGAAAUGUGAGAGUUAUUGAUGAACUUGACGAUUUACCAAAGAGACCUUUUAUACGGGGUUCAGAUCCGAGAGUGGCGACAUGCAGAGGGAAACUCCAAAAUCGCCGAUCAAAACUCAACCAGGAGAUCAACAAAGAGUUGCGGUUGCGAGCUGGUGCUGAAAAUUUAUUUAAAGCAACCACUAAUAAGAAAUUGAGAGAUACUGUGGCCGUAGAAUUGAGUUUUGUCAACUCGAAUCUUCAGUUGCUGAAGGAACAACUAGCAGAGUUGAACUCUUCAGUAGAGUUGUAUCAGAGUGACAGCACUGACUCUGUCAUGCCUAUGAUUCCUUUGGGCCUAAAGGAAACAAAAGAAAUCGAUUUUCGAGAUCCAUUCAAAGAUUUCAUCUUGGAGCACUAUAGCGAAGAUGCGAACCAAUAUGAAGAUGCGAUUUCCGAUUUUAUGGAUACGCGGCAAGCCAUUCGAACUCCCCUCAGAGAUUCAAGCGGAAUAGCUCUACUUUUUAGGUACUAUAACCAGUUGUAUUUCGUAGAAAGAAGAUUUUUUCCACCCGAUAGAUCACUGGGAAUAUAUUUUGAAUGGUUCGAUUCAUUAACUGGUGUGCCAUCAUGUCAAAGAACCGUAGCCUUUGAAAAAGCCUGUGUACUAUUCAAUAUGGGCGCUGUAUAUACACAAAUAGGUGCAAAACAAGAUAGAUCAACAGCCAAAGGACUUGAUGCAGCCGUGGAUAGUUUUUUGAGGGCAGCUGGUACGUUUAGAUAUAUAAACGAAAAUUUCACCAACGCUCCAUCCAUGGAUCUGGGACCAACCAUGUUGGAGAUGUUUGUACAGUUAAUGCUGUGUCAAGCCAGAGAAUGUCUUCUAGAAAAACUCCAACUCCAAUCCAAAGAUAAUAGAUCAGUAGAUAUCUGUUUAGAUCUAUCCCAAGAAGCGGCACAUCUUUCGGAAUGUUACAACGAUGUCACUCAGCUCAUCAAUCACGAUACGGUGCGAGAUUUCGUGCCCUAUAGUUGGUCGUCUUUAAUACAAGUCAAAAGGGAGUUCUACACAGGCAUGGCGCACAAUUUCGCCGCAUCCGGGAUUCUACACGAGGAUGCGGCAAAAAUGUCGGACGCUACGAAAGAUACGUUGUUGUACAUGCAUGUCGAAAUAGAUGGUAUGGCGCAACUAGAUAUCAGAAUGCCCAAGGAUGCAUCAGAAAGGAGAUUAUUGGGAAGAGCGCACUUAAGGGAAGCCUUAGUUUUAUAUGAGGAGAGUCAGAGACAACAUCGGAUGUGUAGGGAACUGAAAGGAAAACAAGCACUUACAUCGGUGUUAAGAAUUGCUCACAAAAAAGCUUUAAAUGCAUAUACUGCUACUGAGACUGAAGACGAUUUUAGUGAUUUACUGGAUCCUCCCCAAAUUCAAUCUGCAACGAAAUUUCAAUUAUCUCUAACACCACCCGAUUUCGCUCAAUACCGAGUAACAGAUCUCUUCAAAAGUUUAGGUCCCAUAGCUAUAUUUUCGGCAAAGAGACAUUGGACAGCUCCACGAUUGGUACAACUGCAUAAAGGCAGAACUACAGACGGUUUCGGAUUCUCUUUGCGAGGAGAUGCUCCGGUUAUUGUAGCUGUUGUAGAACCAAAUUCCUUAGCAGACUUUGGUGGCAUCAAAGAAGGGGAUUUCAUUGUCGCUGUGGCAGACAAAGACGUGAAAUGGUCGUCUCAUGACGAAGUUGUAACGCUCAUCAAAAAUACUGAUGAAUCUUUAAAUUUGAAGUUAGUAACUCCCAUGGAUAGAAAUUAUCUUAAGCCAACGAAAGUUCCUAGUACAAAUAAAGGCUCUGUUUCAACACAUAGUAGCAGUUCUGGAAUUUCAAGUGGCAUGUCUAGUCCUUCUGGGUCAAUGGCUCAACACAAUAACAUCCACCAUCAUCAUAAAAGAUUAAAUUGGAAUCCGUUCAAGAGAUAUUCAUCGAGGGAGGGUAAAGAUUUCUACGAAAACGUUAUUUUAAGAUGAGGAUUGUUUAAUGUUCGCAUUUAUAAAUUGAAAGUUGUAUAUUUUGUUUUGAAGUUGAAUGGUUGAGUGAAUAAAUAAAGAACUGUGGGAUUUGAGAUACAAAGAAACUUUUUUUGUAUACAUGAACAGAUUUACAAAUAUUUGCAGUUUAAACUGACUAAUGCUGUACAUACGCGAAUAAAUAAUUUAUAUAUAAAUAUAUGGCUGUACAUAAAAGUCUAUUUAAAAUAUAGAAUUCAUUUAAUCCUGAAAUUAUAUUUUUAUUUGUUGUUUAUAUAUUUUUUUCUUGAUAGCCAAAAUAUUUUAUUAGUCAUUGACGUACCUUCCAGUUGACUGCGCUGAUUUAUGACUGUUGUUAAUUUUAUUUCUGAAAUAUAAAGAUUUAUACUAAA